UUUCAAGACACCAUCAAUACUGCUCGCCAGGAUGGCUUCAAGAGGUGUUUACCUGACAGCAUUGCUGCUCCUGGCAUUGCUUAUUUGCAGCGUGGUUGCGGAAAAGAGCGCGAUCAAUCUCGCCAGCCACGAUGUUGCAUCCCUGAGCACGCAAGAGAUCGAGGAGCAGCUACAGCAAUGUCCAAUCAUACAGCAAAUUGUCGCACACAAACUCGAACAUGAGCCAGUACAAUCCUCCUUCUUGCAGCAGAGCUUCAAAGUGCUCUUUCCGUUCACCAGCCCAGCACUCAAUGCCUUAAUGGGUACACUGUACAUCUCUGGCCCACCAAACUUCCUUCUCGCGUUGGUCCCGCCGAACAUCGACCCGAGCAGCCUAAAUGUCAUGGUGGCUUUCGCAGUCGGCGGCUUACUCGGAGACACGCUCUUUCACCUACUUCCCGAGAUCUUCCUGGGUGAGGUUCCUGAAGGAGAAGUGCGGGCUGUGCUCGUCGAGCCGAACAAGAAUCUGCUUCUUGGAGUAGCCAUCUUGAUUGGCUUCGUAACAUUUGUUGCUAUGGACAAAGGUCUUCGCAUUGCGACUGGAGGAGAAGGCCAUUCCCACGACCACUCACACGGACACGCUCUUGAGGAAAAGGUGACGACCAGUGCAACACCUUCCAAAUCUGAUAAGUCAUCGGUUCGCAAGCGCAAAGGUGAAAAGGCGGACAGAGGCACAACCAUGGUGAAAAAGGAGGACCCCAAGCCUUCGGUGAAGCUCUCGGCGUAUCUCAACAUCAUUGCCGACUUCACACACAACAUUACGGAUGGACUUGCGAUGUCAUCAUCGUUCUACGCCAGCCCAACCAUAGGCGCGACUACCACUCUUGCCGUCUUUUGCCACGAGAUUCCACAUGAGGUUGGCGACUUUGCGCUUCUGAUUCAGGGAGGUAUGAGCAAGCGCACUGCAAUGGCCCUGCAAUUUGUCACUGCGCUCGGUGCUGUGCUGGGAGCUAUCAUUGGAAUCGCUGUUCAGGAGCUUGGAGGCAAUUCCGCUUCAGUGGUAGGCUCCGUGGCCAGUGGAAACACUGGCUUGUGGGGUACCAGUUUGCAAUGGGGGGACAUGUUGCUUCCCUUCACCGCAGGCACGUUCCUGUACGUUGGCACUGUGGGUGUUGUGCCCGAGAUGUUGGAGACGGGACCAGAUCGUAUGAAGGAGCUCAGGAGCAUGGCGCUGCAAUUUGCGGCCAUGGCUGCUGGGGCGGGCAUUAUGCUUGGAAUUUCCUGGGAUUGAGCGUGAGAUAACGCUGCCUCUUCCGCAGCCUGGUCCAUGCCACCUUGUUUCCCACCACCUGUGUCAUUAUAACAUAAAUUCCAGACCAGAAAAGAACGAGUCUCGACGACUUGAUCUUCUCGAGGUAAUCUUUUGGGCCCAUUUCUCAGCUUUCUGCGCUUUUGACGAGAUACUAUGGCGUUUUGAGGACGUGACGUGCGCUGCAUGUAAUCCGGAUCCCUCAUGGCCAUCUUCAUCGUGCGAGUGCCAAAUCGGGUGCAUGCGAAGACCGUCGAAUUGCGGUCUGUCGAAAACCACGCCUGGAUUGAUGUUGAUGUAUCCGCCGCCGAUGGUCUCGUCGCCAUCGCUCAAAGGACUCGCGUGCUCGCUGGUUGACAUGUCGAAGCUGCGGGUGGUGAUUCGUCAGUACUGCCGACGAGUGGAGUAUUGGGCAAGUGUGAUAUCUCACAUGAAGCCGCCAAGAUAGGUAUGGUCGUUGACUAUGCGUCCUCCAG